GGGUUCAGUAAUGUCCGAACCGGAGGAGGAAAAGCUCUCCCCUCCCCUCGCUUCUCUGCCCUCCCUUUUGCAAAAAGUUCUGACAUUUCAAGCCUCCUCUCAACACCACCCUGUUGACCUCCUGAACAUGGACUGAAAAACAGAUAGAUAGACAGACAGACAGACAGAGACUGGAUACAUUCUCACAGAAAGGCAUCUGAGAAUGGUUGGAAUAUGAAGAGGAGUGGAAAACAGUAAGAAAGGAAGUGGAAAAGGGAAAACAACAGGAAAUCAUCUCAUUUGAGCCGCAUUUCUGCUAAGCUUCCAGAGAUACAUUUGCUCUCUGGGCAAGCAUUGUGUUGUAACUUUCCUCUCAGAUUCUACUCGUCUCAUUUCUCGGUCUGUACAAGGGCAAGAGGGAGGAGAAACCCUGAUGAUGAAGUGACGUUGGGCGUGUACCGAGCUCCAGAAUUCUUCUCCCACACCAGCUCUUUUGGUGCCUCAGUCAAGAUGUGAGUGGAUGAUUCUUUUGUUUGACACUGUGGACUUCAUGAUUUGGGGUUUUUCUUUUUUGUACAUUUCUGAUCAAAACUUCCCCCUUCCCAUCCCAUGUGCCGUGGGGCCAAUGGUUGAUUCUAAGGUGUAUUUGCACUGAUCUGGAUAACUGAAGUCUGAUGAAGAAUAAGGCUGCCAAGCUGAAGUCCAAAAGGAAAGGAACUGAAAAUGCAUUCGGCUGUGACUUGACUGCACAUCUGCAGAAUUCAGGACAAGACGUUCCUCAGGUUCUGAAAACUUGUGCAGAGUUCAUAGAGGAACAUGGGAUUGUGGAUGGAAUCUACAGACUCUCAGGAAUCACCUCUAACAUUCAGAGACUCAGACAGGAGUUUUGCUCCGAGGUCUGUCCUGACCUCACUAAAGAAGUGUAUCUUCAGGAUAUCCACUGUGUUGGCUCUUUAUGUAAGCUGUACUUCAGAGAGCUGCCCAACCCUCUGCUUACUUAUGAACUCUACAAGAAAUUUACAGAUGCAGUGUCAGUCAAAGAGGAACAGGAACAGCUCCAAAACAUUAAGAGUGUCAUUAAAGAACUGCCCGGUCCUCACUUCAGAACUCUGGAAUACCUCACCAAACAUCUUGCUCAUUUGGCUACUCUUAGCCACCAGACCAACAUGCACGCUCGCAACCUUGCCCUGGUAUGGGCUCCAAACCUCCUUCGAUCAAAGGAAGUGGAGGUGCCCUCCUGCAAUGGUGAUGUAGCAUUUUUGGAGGUGCGAGUCCAGCAGUCAGUUGUGGAGUUCAUUCUCAACCACACUGAGCAGAUCUUCAACCAUGACAUUCAGGCCUCCAAGCCCAGAGAAGUCUCAAGCGUGGCCUGUGGGGAGAAGUAUGCUACCAUGCCUGCCACCACGCAGUGCGGCCCCAUGAAGCUCAUGAGUCUGGAGGAAGCACAGGCACGCUCGCUCAGUCCCAACCAUCCAGUGAUGAGAGAGAGACAGAGAGAGAACAGCCUACCAGACACCAGCACUGCAGCAAUGUACCACACAGUCAUAGAUCUGUCUGACAGCAGAAGAAAAUUCUCAGGAAAAUCAAAGAAGUGGAAGUCUAUCUUCAGUCUCGGAAGAUCCGUCAUUGACUCUAAAGGGAAACUGAGCCGCAAUGGGAGUGUGUUUAUGAGAGGCCAAAAUAUCUCAGAUGAGGACAAGAUACCCACUGCAGGAGGAAGCAAUGGCAUCUUUGUCCCAAUUCUAAAAUCACGAACUCUUGGCUCAGACAUCAACUACAACCUGAACGAUAAAGAUCCAAAAUGGGAGUUUGAUCAGGAUACAGCUUCUGGAGGAUGUCAAGGACGACAAGAAGCACCAAAUGUCUCUUCCACAUCUCCAGCUUUAUCAUCUUCUGUGCAGAAAACUCUUCCAGAACAGCUGAAAGUUUUCAAAGGUGAUGACUGCAGCGGCUGCCAGCCCACAUCUCCUAAAAACCGCCGGAUGUUGUAUUCUGGAUCUGCUAAUAACGUAUCAUCUAGACCGUCUUUUCCAGGCAGCCUGUUUCCACUGGAGUCCUCACCACGCCACCAACGGAAGGCCCUCAAUAUUUCCGAGCCGUUUGCCGUGUCUGUUCCUCUGCGCGUGUCUGCCGUUAUUAACUCUAACAGCACACCCUGCAGGGCACCAGGAAAAGAAAGGGACAGGGGUUUAGGGGGACUCUUCAAGCCCACAAGGGAGGCUGGACCUCCGGAACCCCCUCACAGCGACAGUUUCGGCAAUGCUGGAAUCAGGAUCCCGAUCAGUAGCAGCAGUGGGAACUUUGGGAUCACAGACUGGGAGAUUGGACUGGGAGGUGCUGGAUACAGAGAGCACUCGCUUGGUAACAGCAGUGGAGGCAGUGGAUGCAGUAUCUAUAGCAACAGCAGCUCUUUACCUGUAGAAAAUGAGGAGAAUCAGAUGAGGAAACGAGAUAUUACUGAUGAAAUCACUCUUGGGACAACAGAGAGCAAGGAUGCCGAAGUGAGAGAACUGAUUGCCCAUGUGGAGAAUUUUGAGUCUCCGGUGCCAUCUGAGACUAAAGCAAGAGUCGAUUACAAAGGAAAAUCUCAGUCCUCUGGGAAAGAACUGGAAGCUAAAUCAACACAACAAAAUACCACAAAAUUGGAAGAACUGGACACUGUGGUAAUCAACAAGGAGUCAUUAUCUGGAAAGAAUCAGAAAAUCAGUAAUCAGUUAAUAUCAGUUAAUGUCACUGAGGCUAAAAUGCUAGAUGAACAAGUUAAGCACAGCUUCACCAAUAUUACUGGGAAUGAGCACACUCUAAAGCCAAGUGCUCGAGCAAGUAGGAGAAGUAGUUUACCCUCAAGCACUAUAUCAUCAAAGGGACUCUUUCUGGACCUUACCAAAGACUUAACGCUUGAUCAUUCUGGUGCUCCUAUGUUUAAUUCUGUUGUGAAGCCUUUCCCUGAAAGGUUGUUGUCAUGUGAUUGUGACUGGAAUUACCUGGCUAUUGGUAGGACUGACCAAAACAGCCAAGAGUCACACAACGCAAUACCUAACAAUCUACAACUUUCCCAAUUUUUCCACCUUAAGGAAACAGAUAUUCUCCAAGAUAGAGACCCAUGGCCUUCCAGUGAAGAUAAGCUAAGAACGGAUUGUGUUAAGAAAGACGACACAUCUAAAACUGUCUCAACAUCUAAUUCAAGCAGUGAUGUAAAAUUAGAUGUUCACACUGCUCUUCUCUCAGACACAAAUGAUUCAUUGGUAAUAAAGGAUAUCUGUGAAAAGAAAAAUGAGGAGGUCUGCAGUGAAACCAGGAAACUUGACCUAACAGGAAGAAUCAAGGGAAGCUUGGAAAGACUCUCAUCAUGUCUGAAUGAACAACAUCUCACUUUGGAUAUUUUGUAUCAAGAUGAUGCAGACACAUGGGGAAGUAAUUUGGGUGGUUUGGAUCAGGUUGAACCAUGGGAGGACUUGUGUACUGCCAAGCAAUGGGUGACCAGCCCUCUGCACGCACCGAAGCCUGAGGAUCACUUAUUCACACAGAGAGAGAUUGCACCAUGUCAAGCAAUUAAGAGCGAACCAAAAGUGGACCACUUGCCCAACAGCAAGCUGGCUGAAGCUGAAGAACCAGCUGUGGUCAAUGACCUUACAUCAUCUCAAACAGAUGUUGCUGUGACAGCUAUCUGUGAAGUUGAAAACUCUGACCUCCCAACAGACAACAAAAAUUGUCUGGCACAGAUAGCAAAGCUUUUUGACAGUGAUAACCUCAAAUGGAUUGGAGACAAAGAUCAGAGCCAACUAAAGAUUUCACAGGUCAAGGUAUUCAAGACACCCAUUGAUACAAAUGAAAUCACCACACUGCAAAACAUGGGCAAAGCAAAACCAAAACGAUCUUGUUCCACUCAGAAAUGUCAUCACCAGAUAUCCCAUGAGUCCUGCACUGUUAUGAGAAGUAAUGAAAACAUUGUACCCAAACACAGGCCAUGCUCCCUAAACCUUGAUUUAGGACACAAAGGUGUCAGAGACAUCUCGAAUUAUCAGUAUCUGAAAAGUACAAAACAAAUAAUUGCACAGGAAGGGGGAACACCUGAAGCCAGGAAUGGUGGUUCAUCUUUAGAGUUGGAACUUUUCCUGAGUGGUUCUCAGGCACCUAUGCGACGCAACUCUGCACCAGUAAGCGUGUCUUCGGUUCGUACCGCAUUCAUGAUCAAAACUUGCCAAGCUAAAGCUGUGCCUGUUAUUCCACCCAAAAUUCAGUACAGCCACAUACCUCAUCCUGUACCUGAGGGGAGCACUGAUCAAAUCAAUAAAUGUACAUUGGAGAAGAAACAUGCCAAGAACAAGUUGGGAAAAGCAGGUUCUGCACCUCCCCUUCAGAAAGUCAGAGACCCCAAGGAGGAACAGGAAAUCUGUGAACCACCAAGAGGGCUUCAAAGACAGAUGUUCAAAGACAAUGCAAGUGAGACGUGCAAACCAACAUCAAUCCAAGAUCUUCCAGUACUGAGACGGAAGCGAUCCGCAAAUGGGGACACUUUUAUGGACCGUCCUAGACCUGAACGGUCAACCCUGCUUCAAAGAUCAUCCUUCAGAAACCGUCCACGACCUCAAAGCCUAAUCCUGUUCAGCCCCCCAUUUCCAAUCAUGGACUAUCCUCCGGUAGGGGAUGAUGGUAAACUAGUCCUAUCUCCUAUUAAAGCUGAAGCAUCACCGUUUGAUGUCUACGCAAAGGAACUUGCUGAAAACCUCAAAACUCCUGAAGGGGUGACUAUGCGUAAUAAAAUGACUUUGCCAAAGAGUGGCCAGAGGCUUGAGACCUCAACCAGUUGCUUCUACCAGCCACAGCGGAGGUCAAUGAUAUUUGACAACCGAAGUAACAGGCAAAAUGAGUGAACUGUUAAAAGGACUGACUAUUUCCCAUAAUUUGAUGGCUAGUGAUACUUUUGAGUUAUCAAAUGUAACCUAGUAUCACUGUUACAAUAUACUCGACAGAACACACAAUGAUGCUUGGAAAUCAAGGUUCCAUUAAUCCUGAUAAUGCAAAAUUGAAAGUAUUAAGCUUUUUGUCAAAUAUUGCUGCUAAGGAUUUAUAUCAGAAAUUGUUUUCCUAUCUUACUUUGUAAGAAAAACACAAAUAUGCCUUAGGAGAACCCUGGGUGCCUAUAAGUAAGUACAGUCUGUACUUGCAUAUCUCAAUUUAAUUGACCCAUUACCUACCCACGUCUGUUGCUGUUUUAUCUCGCUUGGAACAUAUUAUGUUUACAAUCAGAAACAUGAACACAGUUAGAAAAAAAAUUCUAAUAUUUUACCUUUAGCUUGUCACUGGGGCAUUACCCUCAGAGGUACGCCCACUGUGCCCUUUAAAUGUCAGUCGGAAUGUAUUUGUAACUUAUCUGUCCCUAAAAGUUACAUAUUAGUACCUCGUGUUGUAAAAAGGGUACUGUGGGUUUACCUUUGAGGAUUCUGCCCCAGUGACAAGCUGUUGUACACCUACACCCCUUGGUACAAUUUUUGCCCUUUUUUCUGACAGUGUAUACAGUAAAAUAACUUCAAACUACACAAUGAAAUUAGGUGUUGAGCAUGCCAUCCAAUAAGAACUAAAACUACAGUAUUACAGUUGUUAUUGUACAUAAAGGCAACAAUCAAACAUAUAUUUAUUAAAUAGUCUCAUUGUAUUUUUUUUUUUUUACUCUAUUUCCAGUAUUGUAUGUAUACAAAACUGUACUCCAAGCCCCUAAAGAGUAAAAAUUAAUUUGUAUAAAUGUUUAGGGUAAAUGUCCAAUGGUUUGAGGAUGGUGUAAAGGUCAAUGUUCUUGAAUACUGUAAUUCAAAAAUGAUUUCUUUCUCUGUUCUAUUUAUUAGUAGAUACAUUUUUUUAAUAUUUUCAAAUCACCUGGUUACUUGGUUAGCAGAGAUUUAUAGAAAAAUAAGAUGAGAUAAUGAGAUGGUGAGGUCAAAAAUGGGAAGUAUAAAGAAAAUGAUAUUUUCUAUAAACAUUAAAGCAGAGAAGUUUUGGCUAUGUAUAUUGAAACAAGGCAAUGACUAGGGUGAAAUAUCAUGAAGGUUGUCAGUGGUUGUAAUCAAAGAACACUAACCUUGCAAUCUACCCUUUUUGUAUCAAAAUGGAUUUAUUUUAUGUAUUCCUUCUGAACAAAAUAAUAAAAUGCUUCAUAUGUAAUUUGUA